AUGGAAUUAGGGAUUAUGUGGUUGGUUAAAGGUGCUUGGAUCGCUGCUAUACUUCCUUUGUUGAUCGCUUUUAUACCCACUUCCAAACUCACCUCGAUUCAUCAACUCGUUUUGGGCUUCGCAAGGAGAGGCAAAAUCCUGCAGCCUUCGUCUCAGAAAUGGACAGUUCCUCAGAAAUUCUUUGCUCACUUCUAUGUUAUCGGAGUGGCGUGGACGACUUUUGUGCUCGCUACCACUUGGAUGUAUGCUUGCAAAAUGGCACCUUUAUUUUCAGAGGAGUUACAGUUUUCCGACAUUGCAAGCCGCUUAGCCGGAGGUUCCCAUGUUUUCUCCUUUCAAAAAUCACAUUUGACUCUUGUCGAGCAUCGGUUUAAAGUGUGGCGAGCAAUGUUUCUACUUCUUCUGAUGGAAAUCCAAGUUUUGAGACGCCUUAUAGAGUCAAUCUAUGUAUUCAAGUAUAGCCCUUCUGCUCGGAUGCACAUUUUUGGUUAUCUUGCAGGAUGGUUUUUCUAUACAGCAGCGCCUUUAUCACUCUGCCUCAAUAUCGUUCCAGAGGUUGCAAGAUUCGCUGGAAAUCAAGUGGCUGAGUUCAUUGCUAAAGGGAAAGGCCAUACUUCAUCCCCUGGAUUUAAUUUAUUAUUGUCUUUAAGCCCUCUGAUGAAGCUUAGAUCGUUCCAGUGGAUUGGUGCAGCCAUUUUUCUCUGGGGAUGGAUACAUCAGUGUCGCUGUCACGCAAUUCUCGGAUCGCUUCGGGAAAAUCCGACCCAUGCGAACGAAUACAGAAUUCCGCGUGGAGAUUGGUUUCGAAUAGUCUCUAGUCCACAUUACUUGGCAGAAAUUGUUUUAUAUGUUGGUUUGCUGAUUGCAAGUGGAGGAACAGAUAUAACCAUCUGGCUACUCCUUGGUUUCGUGCUAUGCUUCUCAUGUUACUGGUUGGAGCUGACCAAUGGAGCCAGUUGA